UGUACAGGGGAUGGCCAAAAUGUUUGGGAUAGGCAACUUUUUUUUCUCUCACAAAAAAGUUCAAUAUGCUAUAACUUUUCAUAGAGCGCAUCAAAAAAUCUCAAAUUUUGACUGUUUGUCAACCUACUAUAUGUGCAUGAUUGGUACAAAUUUGGGCUCGAUUGAUUAAUAUUUCGCAAAGUUAGAACCGUUCGGGUAAAACACUAUUUUUUAGACAACUCAUUUUUUAGCUGUCAUAUCUCGGAAACCAGUGAACCGAAUUGAAUGAAAUUUUGAACGUACACUAACAAUAUGUAAAUGCUUAACAAACUAUUAAAACAUAGGUACUUUUUAAACGUUGAAAAAAGUUAUCAUGGAUUGACACUUUUUGGAUUUUUCUCGAAAAAAUGUAAUUUUUUUACAUCAAUGUCAAUAAAUUUUAGUGUUGAUAUUCAAAGAUUUUCCACUUCUGUUCUCAAAUUAUCUCUUAUUAGAUACAUUAGAGCCUAUUUAGAUUGAAGGAAGAUCACAUUUAAUAAUUUUUGUGUGGUAUUGUAAAUAUGACUUAUUUUCCUCUAUAUGGGUAAAAGUUUUAAUCCGGUAUAACUUAAUUCGCCAUGAGAAAAUAUUACAUUUUAUCACGUCGUAUUAAGUAUCAAUAUAUUGUUGAUAAACGUUAAAAAAUUCAUUCAAUUCGGUUCACUGGUUUCUGAGAUAUGACAGUUUAAAAAUGAGUUGUCUGAAAAAUAGUGUUUUACCCGAACGGUUCUAACUUUGCGAAAAAUUAUUCAAUCGAGCCCAAUUUUGUACCAAUCAUGCACAUAUAACAGGUUGAUAAACAGUCAAAAUUUGAGAUUUUUUGAUGCACUCUAUGAAAAGUUACAGCAUGUUGAAUUUUUUUUGUGGGAGAAAAAAAGUGUCUGACAGUUCUCAAACUGUUAGCUGUCGAAAGCAGGUACGCUACAGUAACCGUGCUAUCAGUUCAGUUGGUAGCAAUUUGAAAUGUUUAAUUUUAUAGUAGUUUUUUUAUAGCACAUUUGAAUGGAAAUAUUUCACACAACGUAGGGUAAAACUAGAACGAAAUAGAAUAAAAUUAGUCAGUAAGAAUCGAACCUUCGAGAAAUAAAGUUCUUUCCUCCAAAAGCGAAAUAAAGUGAUCAAAAGUGAACAAAAGUAGUAGUUUUUUGUAUGGUGAACUCUUGUGUUGCCAAGUUCCGCCGAUAGUGACCGGCCCCGGUAGUGUUCUGCCCGUGUGUGAUACCAAUCCCAGCCGGAAGCCACGAUCCUGCCCUAUCAUCUUGGUGCCGUGACCAGGAUCAGGUUUCCUCCCAGAAUUCCCGCCAUCGCAUAACGGACAUCGACGCUAUCUACCGCCAUCGUUCCGCACCAUUGUGUGCCCCAAGGGUAUUCACAAGAUCGCCAUCUUCCCCGGAGCCUUUUGUACUCCGACGCCAUCGAGAAGCUUCUCCGGAGUUCCCGCUUGAAUUUUGAUACAAGGCCUAAUCUAAUUAGGCACUCGAAUCUCGAACCUUCUGGAAGUGUGAUCAACAGUUAACUGCUACCGCUAGCAAGUGACCUACGCCAUUGCCAACCGUCAACCGAGUAUCAACCGUGAAACCAAAUCGCCGAAUCCGCAAGCCAACUGCCGUUUUUGAAUAAAAUACAAGGCUCAAAACUAGCCUUAAGAAGGUUAGUACCGCUCCAAAUCCUCUACUCCGUUUGUCCGGCUCUACCGGGUCUUUCUCUGUAUCAUCCUAUCCAGUGCGACCAACGAUAACCUGCCUCCGCAAUGGCGGACGAUCGCUCGAGGCAACAGCUCAUCAACCGCCGUACGACCCUUAUCGCAGCACUGGGACGAGCCGAGCAGUUCGUCGAGAAGUACGAGGCGGAACGGGACCAAGGCCAGGUGAAACUGCGACUCGAGAACCUCGAUACCGUGUGGAUGGGACUGGAGGAUGUGCAGACCCAGCUCGAGGACAUGGAAGUAACCAAUCAAGGUAUGGCACAGAACCUAGCUUUCCGUUCCCACAACGAAACCCGCUACUUCCAAAUCAAGGCUGCUCUCCAAUCUUUCCUCCCCAAUGUACCUACAUCUACUAGCGCAAUUCCCCAACCGUCUCUCUCCGGGCUCUCCGGUAUCAAGUUGCCAACCAUCACCUUGCCGGAAUUCGACGGUGACUAUAACAAUUGGCUAGCAUUCCACGACACUUUCGUUGCCCUCAUUCAUUCUAAUCCCGAAGUUCACGACAUUCAGAAAUUCCACUACCUUCGCGCUGCUCUGAAAGGGGAAGCAGCUCAACUCAUUGAGUCGAUCGGUAUCAGCUCCGCCAACUACACCAUUGCAUGGCAAACACUCGUCUCUCGCUAUGCUAACGACUACCUUCUGAAGAAACGUCACCUACAAGCCCUUCUCGACUGCCCCCGAAUGAAGAAAGAAUCCGCCGCCGCACUGCAUUCCGUCGUUGACGAGUAUGAGCGCCACACCAAAACCCUCCGCCAACUUGGUGAGCCAAUCGACUCGUGGAGCACUAUGUUGGAGCGUCUUCUAUGCCUCCGACUCGACGACGCUACACAAAAAGCUUGGGAAGACUUCGCUACAACCACCGAUAACCCCAACUAUUCUUGUCUUAUCGAGUUCCUCCAACGUCGCAUCAGGGUGCUGGAAUCCAUGUCUGUGAACCACCAAGCACAGCCAGCAUCGAAUCACCAACCACCAAUGUUUCGUCGUCAAUCGUUCCACAAAACCGUUUCCCAUGCUGUAACCGAAGCCACUCCUCGAAAAUGCCACUCCUGCGAUCAACAUCACCCACUGUUCCAAUGCCCUAAAUUCGAGAAAAUGUCCACUGCCGAACGACUGCAAGUUGUGAAUGAACAUCAUCUCUGUCUCAAUUGUUUUCGCCAAGACCACCUCGCUCGCAAUUGUCAGUCGAAAUUCUCCUGCCGUCACUGCAAAAAACGACACCAUUCAUUGCUCCACCCCGGCUACCACCCACUCUACACCGAUCAAUCGUCUACCUCGUCUAACACAGCAUCAUGCUCAACGAAGCCCAUCACGAAGCAGGUAGCCAUAACAAACAACAGCAAACGAUCACCCACAUCCACGAAUGCUGUCACUACUCAGACAACCAAUUCGUCCCAAACAUCGAACGCGAAUGUUUUGUUGUCGACGGUCGUGUUGAUGGUAAUUGAUUGCAAUGGGCAAGCGCAUCCCGCCCGAGCAUUAUUGGAUAAUGGCUCGCAAUCCAAUAUUAUCAGCGAUCGGCUAUGCCAACUUCUACGACUGAAGCGGAGAAAGAUCAGCAUCCCUGUGUUCGGUGUCGGUGAGUCCUCCUCCAACGUGAACCACUCCGUCAGUGCCACCAUCCGAUCGCGAACCUCGAACUUCGAAAUCGGAUUAGAUUUUCUGGUCAUGCCCCGUAUUACGAUUGACUUGCCUGUGGUUUCCUCUUCUGCCGAUGACUGGCAUGCCCCCAAAGAUCUGUCCCUAGCCGACCCCACCUUCAACAAGACCGGCGCUAUCGAUAUGCUACUCGGAGCCGAGCACUUUUUCACCUACAUUAACCCUGGUACCCGAGUCGAAGAAGGUGAAAAUCCCGUCCUUGUCGAAAGCGUUUUCGGUUGGAUUGUGACCGGUAGAAACCAAAAACCCCUCACAUUGCCCCCCGUAGCUUGCCACGUCUCACUUUCCGAUCCCCUCCAAGAAGCACUGGAACGCUUUUGGCGCAUCGAAGAAGUGGAAAAUCAACCAAGCUACUCCGUGGAAGAACAGCAGUGUGAAUCUCACUAUUCCUCCCACGUUUCCCGCACUCCCGAGGGAAGAUAUGUGGUCCGUCUGCCUCGCCAUCCGAACUUCGACCACAUGCUUGGUGAAUCGAAAUCCGCGGCCCUUCGUCGUUUUCAUUGCCUUGAGAAACGGCUGAGCAGAGAGCCGCAUCUGAAAGAAGAAUACCACACCUUCCUGGAAGAGUAUCUUCUCCUUGGCCACAUGAGACUUGUCCCACCAAGCGAACCAGAACCGCAACAGGUCCACUACUUACCUCACCAUGCUGUCCUAAAAGAGGCCAGUACUACCACGAAAGUCCGUGUGGUAUUUGAUGGAUCAGCCAAAACUUCCACCGGAUAUUCCCUUAAUGAUGCCCUCCAAGUUGGUCCGAUCGUUCAGGACGAAUUACUGACCCUCGUUCUCCGUUUCCGGAAAUAUCCCGUUGCCCUAGUAGCGGACAUUGCAAAAAUGUACCGGCAAGUUUUACUUCACCCUGACGAUACUCCACUGCAACGGAUUCUCUGGAGAUUUGAUCCAAACGACCCCAUCGAUACCUAUGAGUUGGCCACAGUUACUUACGGGCUGGCGCCAUCGUCAUUCCUGGCCACCCGUACCUUGCAGCAGCUGGCUACAGACGAGGGAGAUGCCUACCCACUUGGUAGACCGGCACUCAAGAAAGGAUUUUACGUGGACGACUACAUAGGGGGAGCAAACACAGAGGAAGAGGCAAUCCAAACCCGAGAGGAACUGGACGAGCUGCUGGCAAAAGGCGGAUUCCAACUGCGAAAGUGGACAUCGAACAACCCAAAUGUGCUGAAGGGACUGGAUCCGUCACAAAUUGGUACUCAGCCAACCCUAAAGUUCGACAACAACGAAUGUACCAAGGCGCUGGGAGUGAGCUGGGAACCCGGAACCGAUCAGCUGCGCUUCGACUCCACUCCUGAUAUCAGCAGCGGCCCACCCACGAAAAGAUCGAUUCUGUCUGCAGUAUCCAAACAUUUCGAUCCACUGGGGCUUACUGCACCUGUCAUCAUACGGGCAAAAAUCCUACUACAGGAGCUCUGGCUGCAACCCUGCGGCUGGGACGAGGAAGUUUCCGAUACCAUACGAGCGAAGUGGGACAGCUACCGUAUCGAAUUGCCUAGAAUAUCCUCCUACCGAACUGACCGUUAUGCCCUCCUACCGAAUUCCACCGUCCAAUUGCAUACGUUCGCGGAUGCAUCCCAGCAAGCUUACGGCGCUUGCAUAUAUGCUCGAUCCACCGAUACCGAGGGCAGAACUAAGGUUCAAUUAAUGGCUUCGAAAUCGAGGGUAGCACCACUAAAACGAAUUUCUCUCCCCCGUCUGGAACUGUCUGCUGCCGUCAUCGCUGCACGAUUGCACCAGAAGGUUGUCGUUGCACUCGAUAUGCCAAUCUCCGAAUCGCAUUUCUGGUCUGAUUCUACCGUCACUCUGGAAUGGUUGCGUUCACCCCCGUAUACCUGGAACACCUUCGUUGCGAACAGGGUCUCGGAAAUACAAAACAUCACCCAGGGAUGUCGUUGGCAUCACGUCGCCGGUUAACACAAUCCUGCGGACCUCAUCACCAGAGGGAUGAAGGUGAACGACUUUCUCGGCAGUGAACUGUGGCAUCGUGGACCAUCGUGGCUCGAACAACCUGAAACUGAGUGGCCUGUAACAGCGAAGCAACAGAAUACACCUGAAGAUGUCCUAGAACGGCGAAAGAUGGUGGCGGCGAUCCAAAACAAACCCGAAGCGAACCCAAUCUUCAGCACGUCAUCCUCCUACAACCGUUUGACUCGAGUGAUAGCAUAUUGUAUUCGCUUCAUCAACGCCUGUCGUCGCAAAACGUCAACGUCGUCACAACCCGAGUUGGAAUCGAUUACAAAAUCGAUCACUGUGGAUGAAAUGUCGAUAGCCCGAAUGCGUCUGAUAAAAUUAGCCCAAGCCGAUGCAUUCACAGAGGAGAUAAGGUACUUGGGGAAGGGGAAGUCAGUAUCCAAACACUCAACUUUGCGCCUUUUGAGUCCUUUCGUUGACUCGGACGGAAUCCUAAGAGUCGGUGGUAGAUUGCGCCUCUCCGAGCAGCCUUACUUGUCCAAACAUCCCAUCCUCCUUCCCAGUUCCCAUCCACUUACACGGUUAGUUGCCAAACAUUACCACCUGCGACUAUUCCACGGUGGCGGCCGUGUGACUCUAGCAGCCAUCCGUCAAGAAUAUUGGCCCAUACAAGGUCGACGAGUAGUCAACAGCGUCAUGCGAAACUGCUUCCGAUGCGCUCGUGCCUCUCCCGUUCCCGCCAGGCAGCAGAUUGGGCAGCUGCCCAUACAGAGAAUAACUCCAAGUCGUCCGUUCUCCGUCACCGGCAUUGACUACGCCGGACCAGUAUACAUCAGAGCGAUCCACAAACGAGCGUCUCCAACCAAGGCCUACAUUAGCGUGUUUGUCUGCUUCGCCACAAAAGCAGUGCACCUGGAGCUUGUGAGCGAUUUAUCUACCCCAGCUUUCAUCACCGCACUUCGAAGAUUCAUCGCUCGUCGAGGUUGUCCGGCACAUAUC